AUGGCUGUCUUAAUCCUCUCUGUCCUAAUCCUCUCAUGCUUCUCAGCAAUCCCAUUCACACAUGCAGAUUCUGGGAUGAUCGGAGUGAACUACGGCCGGAUAGCUAACAACCUCCCACCACCGGAGAAAGUGGUUAACCUUCUAAAAUCCCAAGGAAUCAACCGCGUCAAGCUCUUCGACACCGACAAAACCGUCCUCACCGCGCUCGCGAACUCCGGCAUCAAAGUCGUCGUCUCCCUCCCCAACGAGAAUCUCACCGCCGCCGCCGCGGAUCAGAGCUACACCGACAAAUGGGUUCAAGAAAACGUGAAGAAGUACACUCCGGCGACUGAUAUCGAAGCCAUCGCCGUGGGAAACGAAGUGUUCGUCGAUCCCAAGAACACGACGAAGUACCUCGUCGCAGCUAUGACUAACGUGCAAACCUCUCUGGCUAAGUUCAACCUCGGCGAUAUCAAGAUCUCGUCUCCGAUCGCGUUGAGCGCGCUGGCGAAUUCGUACCCGCCAUCAUCCGGUUCGUUUAAACCGGAAUUAAUCGAAACGGUUAUUAAACCGAUGUUUGAUCUGUUGCGCAAAACGUCGUCGUAUGUUAUGGUGAAUGCUUACCCGUUUUUCGCGUACGCGGCUAACGCGGAUAAGAUCCCGUUGGAUUACGCUUUGUUCAAGGAGAACGUGGGGAGUGUGGAUUCAGGUAACGGUUUGAGGUAUAACAGUCUUUUCGACGCGCAAAUCGACGCCGUUUUCGCAGCGAUGGCGGCCGUUGGAUUUAACGACGUUAAGCUCGUGGUGACGGAGACGGGAUGGCCUUCUGCUGGAGACGAGAACGAGAUAGGAGCCGGUGCCGCUAACGCGGCGGCUUAUAACGGCGGGUUGGUGAAAAGAGUGUUGACGGGUAACGGAACGCCGUUAAAACCUAACGACCCGCUUAACGUUUAUCUGUUCGCUCUGUUUAACGAGAAUCAGAAGACGGGCCCCACGUCGGAGAGGAACUACGGGCUGUUUUACCCGAACGAGAACAAAGUGUAUGACGUUCCGUUCUCUGUUGUUGAGGUGGCGCCGGUGGGGGACAGUAAAGCGAAGGUUCCGGUGAAGGCGACGACGUCGCGCGUGGGAGAGACGUGGUGCGUGGCGAACGGGAAGGUGGAGAAGGAGAAGCUUCAGGAGGCUCUGGACUACGCUUGCGGCGAAGGUGGCGCUGAUUGCCGUCCGAUUCAGAAGGGUGCCACGUGUUACGAUCCGGAGUCGUUAGAGGCGCACGCUUCGUACGCGUUCAACAGUUAUUAUCAGAAGAACGCGCGUGGUGUUGGCACGUGUGAUUUUGGUGGUGCGGCGUACGUGGUCUCGCAACCUCCUAGGUACGGGAAAUGCGACUUUCCAACAGGGCAUUGA